CUUCCACAGUAGUGACCUGCCACCAGUGUCUAGCACUGUCUGCAGACUACAGUAACAGUGUACCUCGGAUCCAUCUCUUGCUUCUGAGGACUGAGCAGCCUGCCGAUUGCAUGUGCCCCUGAACGCCGGCGCGGGAUGCGACAAUUUUGUCCGAGGCCGAGGACCGACAGAAAAAUUGACAAACUAUAAGUACACCAUCUUCGUCAUCUAGCACGGCCUGGCACAGUCGCAGGACAGGCUCCUUCAUCUUCAUCUGCAUCUAUCUUCUUUCAUCAGCAGCAUCAACAUGUUUGGCUACUUCGGCGCAGAGACAGAGGUGGAAACGUACUUUGGCGACAGCACCUCGCAACAGGCAAAGCAACUCGGCGCUUUACCUUCCCUGCAUGAGAAGAUCCCCUUGAGUUACUGGCUCUCCAAUACCCAUACAUCGACAUUCUAUUCUUCCCUUGCCAACUUUGAGCAGGUCUACCCAGUCUUCUACCGCAGAUAUACUUAUUGGCACAAGGAAGAUGGCGGCAACAAUGUCCUUGACAUUGCUAUUCGACGGGACCGUGCACUCGAACUCAACGACUAUAUUCAAUCAGGCGAUAAAAGCCUACCGCCACGAACAGUCUUGAUGACGGAUGAGGAGACGGCGCAGGUAGGUGCAAAUGAUGCAGGUACGCUCGUUGUUUUACUGCAUGGCUUAUCGGGUGGCUCGCACGAGAGUUAUGUACGAUCAACGAUUGAAGCUAUUUACAACACCUACCCAGAUGAAGACAGUCAUGUGGAUUGCGUUGUCUUCAAUGCGCGGGGUUGUGCACGCAGUAAAGUCACAAGCAAGCGAUACUGGUCUGCAUGGGCUAUUGAUGACCUUGCAGCGUGCAUGGAUUUCCUCAGGUCCAAGUUCCCAAACAGGAAGAUUGUCAUUUGUGGUUACUCGAUUGGUGCGAAUAUCUUGUGCAACUACCUGGGCCGCAUGCCCGAGCGUGCUCACAAAACAGUGGAUGUCGCCAUCAGUGUGUCGAACCCUUGGCAACUCAAAAAAGCAGGUGACCUGCUCGAUUCGUAUGCGCUAGGCCGACUCUACUCCCGCGCCAUGACGGGCGGUUUGCAAAAGUUGUUUAAGCGACACCAGGAAUGGCUGCUGCAACAUCCCGGUAUCGAUGCCACCAAAGUGCUUGCUGCGAGACGCUUGCAUGACUUUGACGAAAACAUGACUUGUCGCCUUUUUGGCAACAAGAGUGCUGAUGAGUAUUACGACCUUGCGUCAUCUGACCAGCAUGUUGGCGCUGUUACUGUGCCUUUGCUAGUGCUCUCUGCUGCAGAUGACCCACUUAUGGGCAAAUCGACGCUGCCGUUUAAGCAGAUGCAGGGGAAUCCGAAUGUUGUGAUGGCCGUGACGGGCCGUGGUGGGCACUUGGGGUGGUAUGCACCGGCUGGUGAGGAGCGGUGGAUGAACAAGGUCAUCAUUGAGACUGUGGGCCUGUACACGGAGAAGCAGUAACUCAGAUACACGAAUAUAUAGAAUGGUCUCCCUCCA